AUGUCAACUUCAAAACAAGCAGUUAAUGAGACUGCAAAACGGAGCCAAGCAAAUGUAGACACCCUUAUUGUUCUGAUGGUAGAGGAAGUUAAGAAAGGAAAUAUGACUACUUUGACUUUUAAUAAAGCUGGUUGGAACAACAUUGCCAAUAACUUCAAAGAGAAAACUGGGGUCAACUAUGCCAUUGUACAGUUGAAGAACAAAGUGAACAAACUGAGGCAGGAUUAUAGUCAGUUUAAGAAGCUAUUGGAGACAACUAGUUUUGGUUGGGAUACUGCUUCAAGAACUUGUACUGUUAAUGAUGAAUCCAUCUGGGAAUCGUAUAUUAAGGAUAACCCUACUUGGGCAUGA